AGUGUGAGUCAGUUUGGUGUUGUUCGUAUUAUAUGCCGCCUCCUUUAUAUCUAGCAUGAUGAUUGCCAGCCGAGUGUCAGUGGAGUUCUGCUGUGCAUGAAGGUACGCUGACAGAGAGAAAGCCUAGCGUUGCUGAUCAAGGCAACAGCAGAUUUCGGUGGAUAAAUAGCAGACGUGGCAUGUCGGCUAUUCGCUACUUUCAGCCGAAACGCUGAAAGACACGUCUAACUAGUACAGUGGUAGUCAGUGACAGCCAGCCUUGUCACUACCCUCCAUCCUGCAGCCGUUGAGCGGGUUGUGUUUCAGGAGCCACUCCAUUGGACGCCAGCAGCAUGCGUUGCUCUAACACCAAGCUGUCUGCCACGGUGUGGCUGAUGGUGGUGGUGACAUUGGACCUGCGGACUUCAUCGUUCGUUCAAGGCUUGAUGUGCAACUGCAACGAUGGUGAAAUGUGCAACCUUCGCACGAAGAUGUGCAGAACUAAAGACAGCGCUGCCUGCGUGACCUACGUCUACCCUGAGGAUGGAGAGGUAGCAGCAGUGGGUGGCAGUGGUGGUGGUGGUGCUCUUCGCCGUGCUCUGCUCUGUUCAGAGUCGGGUUUCGAGUGCCCUAGACCGGGCGACCCCCCUGGCUUUGCUGGAAGCCGAAUGCACUGCUGCAGGGAGAACUUUUGCAAUUCAGAAACUGGUCCUCUACCCACUGAUCCGGCCAGCGUGGCAACAGUGACGUCAUCACCCACGCCGCCACCACCAUCAGCCCUGGUGCCUAGCGUUCCGCCCAGCUCUGGCGCGAAGCUGCGCUGUGACUGCACGCCUGGAAACGGGGCCUGUCGCCAGGAUCGCGGCGGUCGUGGCAAGUACCACUGCUUGACAAGCAAUGGUUGGUGUGUGGCCGUGGCAGGACGAAUCACGGCUUCGUCGCCCGUCGUCUACUCACGCUUCUGUACCAAUGAUCUGAGCGACUGCGAACAGACCACCACGCGAAACAGCCAGGUGAAAUGCUGCAGCGACUCAAGGUUCUGCAAUGAACGCCUGACACUGAGCCUCAGCAAUGAUACUGACUCUGUGGUUACAGACAAUGUAGCAAUUGACCAUGAUGUUGUGCAGCGAACUACAGCCUUGUCGAAGACAAACGUUGGGGCUUCGACUGCGGGUCUUCCAGUCACUAGCCUGAAUGUGGACAGUGCGGACAGCUCCUCGUCUCCGUAUCACUGGUGUCACUGCAACACGCUACAAUGCAACGAUUCGUUCCCCUACUGCAGGACAGCUGGCAAGUGCCAGAUCAAGAGUCACAUACACUCCAUAGCAUUCAAGCCCACACUACGAUGUGUUGAACCGGCAUACGUGAGCAGUCUUUGCAGUGAGAGAGACCCGUGCUGCACUGGCGAUUGCUGCAAUGAUGAUGCGCCAUGUAGGACAUGGCCACAAUCCACAAGCAUGCCGGCUGCUCCCGUGAACACUCGCUCAGAGUACACAUGCCACUGUAGCAAGUGCAGUAAUCACGAGUGCAGGACGAAGCUGGGCUGCAUCGUUAACGUCGACACCAUGACCAACACGUCGGAGCAGGACUGCAUACGAGGGUACUUCAACAUCGCCACGCAUUGCCGGCCGUCGUUCACCCGCAGCAACUCCACGACGUCGUCACGCGUCAUCGGCAACGUACACUCGUACUGCUGCCAUGGCAACAAGUGCAACGCCAGGCAUCCCGACUUCAAGGAUGUGGUGGGGGACAAGACAUUGUUCUGCUAUUGCGAGAAUGGUGGGUGCAAUAACUUCGACACGCGCUGCAUAACCAGUCUGCAUGGCGGACAGUGCUAUGCUGGACCGGAGGGCAAGUUCUGCAUCAACCCGGACGAAACGGAGAAGCUCGCGAAGCUAUGCGACGGAGGAAAGCACUGUUGCAACACAAGUCACUGCAAUCAAGAUGUCUCGGACCAAAUUACUACCGGGCCCCUCGACAUGAAACCUGCCACGGUGACAUCACAACCUGUGAAGACUACAAGCCAGCUGAACAAUGGUGAUGAUGAUACCGAUGACAAUGGUGACGUCAGUGGUGGAACAGGUGGAAAGAACAUUGACCAGAAGCAGGCAGUCAAUGUGCUGUACAUAUGCGCAGCAAUAGCCGGCGUGCUACUGGUGGGUCUUGUUGUCAUGGUAGUGAUCAUGGUAAGAGCAAGGCGACGGCAUGCAAGCAAGAGCAGUAGCACGAACAACUCCAGUGCCAGACCGGGCCGUGCACACCCAGUGACCACCACCAAAUACCAUCAAACAAGGUGCAUGGACGCGACGCUAAACGCCGCGUCCUCCUGUCAGCCGCCGGCCUGGUCACCGGAAAUGGAGCCGGGUCGUGAGGCAAGUCCUGCGGCUUUAAGUGGUGCGGACGCCGGUGUGGAGCACUGCACACCGGUGUCGGAACGUAAGCCCAGCACACUGCCAAUGAUCAGCACGUCCAGUUCCUCUAUAUCCGUACAGUCAUCAGUGAACACGUCGCCAAGCCUGCUGACAUCAUCGUGCCAGUCAAGUAUGAAUAGCGAGAGGGCGGAAGGUCAAGAUCCAUCGACGGUGUCCAUAGCAGAUAGUAAUUGCCCCACUGCAGGCAGACACAGUCCCCUGGCAUCAGAGCUAUGACAGCUACACGGCAGCACUGCAGGACUUCUAGGUUAGCAAAAGAAUUUCCAAUCAAAAAUCAAUCUGUUUUCAGUUUUCAGCUUGAUUCUCACAGUAUUUAGACAAAUCUGACAUAGUUGAGACUUGAGCAUGGAUAUCAAUCUGCUGAACUGUAUUAUACGUGCUAGAAUUGCACCGUAGCUGUCCUAUUCUGUGUGCCAUGCCAAGACAGCCAUUGCUAGCUUUAUGGUGGGUGUCCGAUCAGGUCUUACUAAAAUGUGCCACAUGCAACAUAACACUGAUGCUGCACGGCCUACUCUGUUCUGCUGCACAUCCGGGCAAGCCACCUUGUAUUGCUCCACAGCAAAGCUUGAACAUAUAAUUAUUAUUCUAUCCUCUAUGCCUGAGCCGUACUUUCUGCACAUAGUGAAACCCUGACUGAAAGGAACAUUGCAGUAUUAAUUUUGCACCUAUAGCUUCACGCUGUUUGACCCACUGAGCAGUUGAUUUACAACUUCACGCUAUUUGACCCCAGCAGUUGAUUCCCAUUUUCUUCCUUUUUUGAGUAUUCAGCCACCAAUGCUGAUGAGAAUUAUUGACUAUUAUAAUCAACUGGCUUUCCCCGUCAA